AUGAGUCACGUUCUGGGCCUGGAGUCGAGGGAAGCGCCGCCUCUCCUUGGGCCCCUUCUCUCCCCCUUUCUCCUUCCCGCUGGCUCCCGGGCCUUGUUAAUGCUGCGCAGCAACCUCUGGUUCCCCAUCACCAAUUCAGCUGGGUAAGGGUCCCCGUUGGAGGCCGCAGACAACAUGAACAUCCUGGCGCCGGUGCGGAGGGACCGCGUCCUAGCCGAUCUGCCCCAGUGCCUGAGGAAGGAGGCCGCUUUGCACGUGCACAAAGACUUCCAAACCCGGGUCAUCUGCGCCUGCCAGGAACACCGGACAGGCACCGUGGGAUUUAAGAUCUCCAAGGUCAUUGUGGUAGGGGACCUGUCAGUGGGGAAGACUUGCCUCAUUAAUAGGUUCUGCAAAGACACUUUUGAUAAGAAUUAUAAGGCCACCAUUGGAGUAGACUUUGAGAUGGAACGAUUUGAGGUGUUGGGUGUCCCCUUCAGUCUGCAGCUCUGGGAUACCGCUGGACAAGAAAGGUUCAAAUGUAUUGCAUCCACUUACUACCGAGGAGCUCAAGCCAUUAUCAUUGUCUUCAAUCUGAACGAUGUGGCCUCCUUGGAACAUACCAAGCAGUGGCUAGCUGAUGCGCUCAAGGAAAAUGACCCAUCUGGUGUCCUUCUUUUCCUUGUGGGUUCCAAGAAGGAUCUCAGUACUCCUGCUCAGUAUGCUCUUAUGGAGAAAGAUGCGCUCAAGGUGGCCCAGGAGAUGAAGGCUGAGUACUGGGCAGUGUCAUCUCUCACUGGUGAGAAUGUCCGGGAAUUCUUCUUCCGGGUGGCAGCACUGACCUUUGAGGCCAAUGUACUUGCUGAGUUGGAGAAGUCAGGGGCUCGGCGCAUUGGAGAUGUUGUCCGCAUCAAGAGUGAUGACAGCAAUCUCUACCUAACUGCCAGCAAGAAGAAACCCACAUGUUGCCCGUGA